GAGAGGUAACUUCUGGGUGCAUGUUGUUUUCUCCCCCUCUCUCUCUCCACAUGUCCUCCUCUCCAUCCUGGAUCUAGUCGGAUCCAGUCUGGGUUAAAGUGGACUUCUUGGUGCGAGAUAAUGAGCAGAUGAUGUGAGUUAAUGAGGCGGAGAGGAACAAACUCAGACGCGCUGCUCUCAAGCUGCGACAGGUGCGCAACAGGUGAGCGAGAGGGAGCACGAGACGAGGAGAUAAGAGGACAGAUUAAAGGAAGUAACAGGAGGAAGAGGCGGACAGUGAAGGAAGGAGAUAAAGCAGAAACACCAAGUUCCCGGUAUGGAUACUGGGCAGAGCUCGCAGGUCUCAGACAUGGGAGGAGAGCACUCCGCCGGGGUGAGCGUGGUGGACCGGGACCAGAGGGACCGAGAGAGGACCGACGUGUGCAGCCCGUGUCCGCCGGCCAAGCAACGCUCUCUGCGGGUUGUUUACGUGCUGAACGACGGUCUGAAGUCCGUGAUGGCCAGCAGCCCGGAGUCCGGAGCGCUGCAGAGUCUGCAGAGCGCCUGCGACGCGGAGAGCGCGCUGCUCACCACCUUCACCUUCGGUCGGCUGGACUUUGGAGAGACGUCGGUGCUGGACAGUUUCUACGAUGCAGACAUCGCGGUUGUUGACAUGAGCGAUGUGUUCCGGCAGCCGUCCUUGUUUUACCAUCUGGGCGUGAGGGAGAGCUUCGACAUGGCCAACAACGUCAUCCUGUACCACGACACCGACCCUGACACUGCCCUGUCACUGAAGGACAUGGUGGCACAGAAAAACACAAAGGCCACUCGUCCUCCAGCGGUAGGUUUUCCCUGGGUUCAGUUGCCUCCAGAAUACAGAGGCUCUGGAAUGCGUAAUAAAGCAUCCAGUGGUAACUACUACUUCAUCCCCUACAUAGUGACUCCUAACCACGAGUACAUGUGCUGUGAGAGUGACGCCCAGCGCCGGGCCAGUGAGUACAUGCAGCCCAGCUGGGACAACCUGCUGGGGCCGCUCUGCGUCCCCCUGACGGAUCGCUUCACCAGCCUGCUGAAGGACAUCCACGUCACAUCAUGUGCUUCCUUUAAGGACACCCUGCUGAAUGACAUCAGGAAGGCCAGAGAGAAGUACCAGGGAGAGGAGCUGGCCAAGGAGCUUUCUCGCAUCAAACUCCGAAUCGACAACACGGAAGUCCUCACCCAGGACAUCGUCAUGAACCUGCUGUUUUCUUACAGAGACAUACAGGACUACGAUGCCAUGGUGAAACUGGUGCAGACUCUGGAGAUGCUGCCGACUUGUGAUCUGGCCACGCAGCCCAUGAUCCAGUUCCACUACGCCUUCGCCCUCAACAGGAGGAACAGUCCUGGUGACAGGGAGCAGGCUCUCACAGUGAUGCUGCAGGUGUUGCAGUCGUGUGAACAUCCGGCGCCGGACAUGUUCUGCCUCUGUGGACGGAUAUACAAGGACAUCUUCCUGGACUCCGACUGCAAGGACACCAAAAACAGGGACAACGCUAUACAGUGGUACAGAAAGGGCUUUGAGCUGCAGCCGACUCUCUACUCUGGUAUCAACCUGGCUGUCCUCCUCAUAGUCGCUGGACUACAGUUCGAGAGCUCCAUUGAACUGAGGAAAAUAGGUGUGAGGUUGAACAGUCUGCUGGGGCGCAAAGGUUCCCUGGAGAAAAUGAAUAACUACUGGGACGUGGGCCAGUUCUUCACCGUUAGCAUGCUCGCCAACGACAUCCCUAAAGCUACGCAGGCCGCCGAGAAGCUCUUCAAACUCAAGCCGCCUCUCUGGUAUUUGCGGUCGGUGGUGCAGAACCUGCAGCUGAUCCAGAACUUUAAGAAGACGACGGUGGAACAUUCUCCUCAUGGAGAGAGACUCAACUUCUGGAUGGACAUCAUCGUCGAGGCCACGCAGGGCACCACCAAUCGACUGCGCUUUCCAGUGUUGAUUCUGGAGCCAACUAAGGUUUACCAGCCCUCCUAUGUGUCCAUUAACAACGAGGCUGAAGAGAAGAACGUCUCUAUCUGGCAUGUUUCUCCUCCCGAAACGAAAGGGAUCCAUGAGUGGAACUUCAAUGCAAUGUCCAUCAAAGGCAUCAGCAUCAGUAAGUUUGAUGAGCGGUGCUGCUUCCUCUACGUCCACGAUAACUCAGACGACUUCCAGAUCUACUUCUCCACUGAGGAGCAGUGCAGUCGAUUCUGCUCCAUGGUGAAGGAGAUGAUAUCAGAUGGUACGGGGAACGCUGUGGAGCUGGAGGGGGAAGGAGACGGAGACACACUGGAGUAUGAGUACGACACCGAUGAGACAGGGGACAGGGUGGUGUUGGGGCGGGGCACCUAUGGAGUGGUGUACGCUGGGAGAGACGUCAGCAACCAGGUCCGAAUCGCCAUCAAAGAGAUCCCUGAGAGAGACAGCAGGUACUCCCAGCCCCUUCAUGAAGAGAUUGCCCUCCACAAGUACCUGAAGCACAGGAACAUUGUUCAGUAUUUGGGCUCCGUUUCUGAGAACGGAUACAUCAAGAUCUUCAUGGAACAAGUGCCUGGAGGAAGCCUGUCAGCGUUGCUGCGGUCUAAAUGGGGCCCGCUGAAGGAGGCGACGAUCAUCUUCUACACCAGACAGAUCCUGGAGGGGCUCCGGUACCUGCACGAGAACCAGAUCGUCCACCGAGAUAUCAAGGGUGAUAAUGUGCUGGUGAACACCUACAGUGGUGUCUUGAAGAUCUCAGAUUUUGGUACCUCGAAGCGGUUGGCAGGAGUCAACCCCUGCACAGAGACAUUCACCGGUACUCUGCAGUACAUGGCUCCAGAAAUCAUUGAUAAGGGCCCUCGAGGGUACGGGGCCCCGGCUGAUAUCUGGUCCCUGGGAUGCACCAUUAUAGAAAUGGCCACUGGGAAACCGCCCUUUCAUGAGCUGGGAGAGCCGCAGGCGGCAAUGUUUAAGGUGGGCAUGUUUAAGAUCCACCCAGAGAUCCCUGAGUCCUUGUCGUUGGAGGCCAAGUCGUUCAUCCUGCGCUGCUUUGAGCCCGACCCUCACAAGAGAGCCAUCACCUCGGACCUCCUCAGAGACCCUUUCGUCAGACACAACACCAAGGGCAAGAAGAGUAAGAUCGCCUUCAAACCAUCAGACUAUAUCCACAACGUGUCGCUGCCGGUGCAGCUGCAGUGCGAGGCCACCGGGAGCAGCAGCAGUGAACACGGCUCCGUGAGCCCCGACUGUGACUCCAAACAAGAUGUUUUCUUCGUGAAGAAGAAAAGCCCUGGCUCCGAGAACCUGCUCAAACCCCCCAUCUCCAACUACUUGAGGUGUGUAUGGAGUUUCAGUGUUCCAGAUGAGGGUUCGGUGUCGGAGGACCGCAGUGCCCCCCCCUCCCCUGAGGACAGGGACGGCGGUCUGUUCCUGCUGAAGAAGGACAGCGAGAGACGGUCCAUUCUGUUCAAGGUCCUCAAUGACGACCAGGAUAAGGUCAUCUCCAACCUCAAGGAGAACCACAUCCAGGGCAGUGAAGAGCUGCAGCUGUCCGUCGCACACAUCAAGCAGAUCAUCUGCAUCCUUCGAGACUUCAUCCAUUCCCCGGAGAGGCGCGUCAUGGCGGCCACCAUCUCCAAGCUCAAGCUGGACCUGGACUUCGACUCCACCUUCAUCAACCAGAUACAGCUGGUGCUCUUUGGCUUCCAGGACUCUGUAAACAAAGUCUUGAGGAACCAUCACAUUAAACCUCACUGGAUGUUUGCGAUGGAUAACAUCAUCCGCCGAGCGGUGCAGGCUGCAAUCACCAUCCUCAUACCAGAGCUGCAGACCCACUUCGGCCCGGCGUCAGAGUGCGAGGGAGCUGAGAAGGAAGACGAAGUGGAUGAAGAGGAAGCGGAGUUCAUUCCUGUUCUAGCUCCUCCUCACGCCGACGACCCCGGGACGACACCUGACCACGCCCACUCCGCGGCCAUCACGCUAAACUCCGCUCCCUCCCAGGAGCAUCAGCGCUCGCAUCAUCAACUGGGUGCACAGCUGGGGCGGCUCAAACAUGAGACCAACAGGCUGCUGGAGGAGCUGCUGCAGAAGGAGAAGGAGUACCAGCAGGUCCUGAAGGCAACGCUGCAGCAGAGAGCACACGAUCUGGAGCUGGUCAGAGUCAGACACAGACCACCAGACAUUUCCCCUCCCUCCAUCUUCCACAUCCCAGCAGACCACGAGCCGGACAAGCAGCUCACUGAUUGGCUGAAAGAGCAGGGGGCAGACGCCGACACCAUAGAUAAGUUUGUGCUGGAGGAAUACACACUGACCGACAUUCUCAAUGACGUUACCAAAGAUGACCUCCACUGUCUACGUCUACGGGGUGGAGUCAUCUGCCGCAUCUGGCGGGCCAUCCAGCGGCACCGAGAGCGAGAGAGGCUGAGGGACGACGAAUGCACCGAAGACGAUGCAUGAUGGGAUACAAGGACUACAACUUCUGGAGGACUCUGUUUGCCAGAAAACACGCACACAUCUGCACACUACAGUACCAGCCCUGCAUGGCGAUCUCUCUUCUCUAUCUCUCUCCACAGUGCCUUUUCAUGUUGUAGUCUCUGCGUCGUAUGUACUGAAUCUUUGUUUGACUGUUGAUCUCCACACAAUGUCAGACUGGACCAGACCAAAGCCCUUUAGUGCAGGCACUACUCUAUGUAUCUGUACGUGCAUUUAAAUGUGUAUGUGUGCCACCAUGUGUUUGUUGCUUGAGGAUUUUGAAAGAAAAGCAAACAUGGAAAUGGUCUCCAGGACCUUUAGACUGAUCUGUCUUUCAGUCCCCUAGUUUUUCAGCCAAAUUGUAAACUCAUUAUAAAACAAGAAAAAUGUUCUUGUUUCAGGUUGAAUACUUUCAUCAUCUACUGGAUAAUUAUCCCAAAACUGUGAAAAGCUAAUGCACAAGUCUCAUUGAAAACAAUCUUCAUCUAAAUGCCUUAAACUUUGUAACAUAAACAUAAUGUAGCAACAUGCACACACAUCAUAACUGCCUUUACAUUUGUAUGCAUGUUAUUAAGAUUUCCUUCAUAUUCUUAAUCAAGUUAACUAUUCUUUUCACCUCUCUGUGUACCUGUAUUUAAAUGUAUGUGUUUUUUAUUCCAACUGUUAUUUGUAUGUGAUUGUUUGUUUCAUUGAUUGCUUUAAAACUGCCAUAAACCUGGAUAUAAUGAAA